CCGGCUUUGGUUCGGAUACUGAUAAGGAAACAUCGGGAAUUAGGUUCGGAAAUUGCUUCGCAGAAUCUCAGGCUCGGCUUUCUGUUAAGAGUUUGAGCAGAAGGCGGUAUUGUGCUUAAUUUGGAGGCACUUUAGUUGCUGUAGACUGUAGACUGGUGAGUUGAUAGGGAAAAUGGGAGCUAGGGUUCCGGUACAGCACUACGAUAUGAGGUCGGCGGCUGAUUCGUACAUUGAAACCUCAUUGCAUGAUCUCAAUGCGGAGGGUAUUAGUGGCGGAGGCGGUGCUGGUGGUGAUGAUGUUGAUCGUGGAGGCGGUGAUGUAACCGAGGAUAGCAUGGACAAUGGCGAAGACUCCACAGCUGUUGAGUGUCUCCAUGAAUCCUUCAGAAACUCAUUACCACUUCACGGUAUAGUGGUGGAGGAAGAUCGCACUAGCAUUGAGAAUAGUGGAUCUUCAGGGGGUUCCUACAAUAUUGUUACUAUUGAUGAUAUUUCACCAAUUGAAACAGCAAGGACAAGAUUUUUAGACAUUAUCGUAGAUCAUUUCAUAAGACCGCGUGUAGUUGAAGUUGUCGAUUCAGAGGCUGACUUUGCAGCUCAAUCUUCACAAGAUAAAAUGAGCAAGAGGAAGUCUAGAGAAAUCUGUUAUGAAGGUGAUGCUGCAUGUGUUUUGCCCUUGAUGUAUGUGGCUAACAUGUACGAGACAUUGGUUAAUGAAGUGAAUGUAAGGCUCUCUUCUUUAAAUGGCAUGCGUGAAAAGACCAUCGGUGUGGCCCUUGAAGCAGCUGGUGGUUUAUACAGAAAGCUUGCUAAAAAAUUUCCUAGAAAAGGACCUUGUGUAUUUAAAAGACGGGAGCUGGCUACAUCUUUUGAAACAAGGGCAAGGUUUCCUGAAUUAGUGAUACAGGAGGAGAAGCGUGUUCGUUUUGUAGUGGUUAAUGGUUUAGCCAUUGUGGAGAAACCAGCAAGUUUACAUAUUGAUGAUGCAGAAUGGUUCAAAAGAAUGACAGGCCGAAAUGAAGUUGCAAUAUCCCCUCGAGACUAUAAAUUCUAUGCUCCAAGACACAAGUAUAGACGUGCGUCAAACCCAAUUUCCAACAUCACUGGUUUGUCAGCAUUCACCAGCACAGACAAUGAUUCUUCAUUAUCUGCCGGUCAAAGCUACCGCUCUGUUAGUGAAGAGAGUCAGCAGACUACCCCAAAGCAGCAUAUGCAACCUCUGUCCCAUCAGGCUCAAUUUCAUCCUCUUCAGCAGAGCCACCACCAGCACCACAUCAACCAAAGUCAACAUAUAGCCCACUUCUCUCACAAUCAACAAUGUGGCCCUCAGUCACAUUUGCCUGAAAUUGCUCAGCCUCAGCAGUCGCCAUCCAUUUCUCCACACAUGGCUUGUUUACAACAAUUUGGCAAUGUAGGAGGGCGUAUGCAUAUAAUGCCUACAAGUCCUGCGAAGUUUUGCGAUGAAUGUGGUACUCCCUACUUGAGAGAGACCUCUAAGUUCUGCUCAGAAUGUGGUACAAAGAGGUUAGGAAUUUGAUGUGAACUCAUCAAGUCUCCUAAUUUGAACUGUACAUUACAAUAACAACCACACCUUAGCCACAAACAAGUUGAGAACGGCUAUACUAAUUCUCACUGACCAUACUAAUUUGAAUUGUACGUUAAUUGUAAAUAUGUAUACAUUCCUGCACUAUAUUCGCUCUCUCGUUCUCUUUUCUUUUUUCUUUUU